GAAUGUAAUGUUGAAAAAUAAAAAUUAAAUUAAUAAAAUAAAUAUAAAUCCAGUUUGCCGGUUGUAGCAUUGCAUGGUGACUGAAACACUUCUCUCUCUCUCUCUCUCUCUCUCUGUGCAAUUCUGGUGCUUUACCUUUCAGAAACCUCUUCUUCACUGGCUUUGAUUAACUUUAUCAACAACUGCAAUGGAUGACUUGUCUCAUGCUAUAGAAUCUCUCAUCGCUGUGGGGUCUGAGUCAGACAAUACAAUGAGUGAAUUGAUGCUAAGUGAUGAUCAGUAUUUCCUCCUAUUCUUCAUAAUGGGUACCUUCUUUGGGCCUGAUCUCCGGGGUGAAACGCCCCAAAAGUCUGUUUUGCAAAGAUAUGCUGAGCGUCUUCCUUCAUAUAAUUCUAAUCAACUUGUUGGUUCCCACAUUAAAACAAUAGAAGUAGAGAGGGUAUAUUACUAUGUACUUCGAAAAGCAGAUCAAUCUGUCAUAGUAAAACUACCUUUGUUGCGCCAGUUCUUCUAUGGGAAUCUCCCCGUGGCUGCACAAUAUCCUGCUGCUGCUUAUCCUCAGUUUCCUGAUCUAUUUCCUCCCCGGCUUCAUCCCCAUUCAUGGUUUGAUAGUCAUAAGAUCAUCGGAAACAUUAUAUUUAUCAAUAACCCAGAAAUCUCUUAUAUUAGGCCUGAAGAUAUUGAAAGGUUCAAGCGGCUAACUGGGCUAGAAGAUUUUCUUUUAGAUAGAGACUGUGCAAGGUUACACACUUGUGUCAAUGGUGAGGCAUUGUUCGAUGUAGCAGUCCAGGAGGUUAAAUCUAACGGGGAGUUGCCUCCUCCAAGGUCUUCUCACGAUUCUCCAAGAUCAGGACUUUUAAAUGAUUUUAUCCGUAACGAAGAUUGUUUGCAAGGUGUUCAUGUUGUGAAACCUGUCAGCGGUGUACCAUAUAGUGGUACACCUAUGACGUACAAUUAUAUGGCUCCAUUACCGGCUGAAUUAGACACGAGAAUUGUCGAGAGAUUUGAGCCUGGAAUGGUAUUUCUUCCUUCUCCCCCAACUAAGGAAGAGUGGGAAAAUAUUGGGACUUCCACAAGAAGUGGAUCUGCAUUGACUGGAACUGCAGCAAUGGGACAUAUUGGACCAGUUAUUGGACUUAUGGACAUUGGGGAAUGUGAUGAUUCCUACCUAUUCCGUGUAUCCCUUCCUGGGGUGAAAAGGGAUGAGAGAGAAUUUAGUUGUGAAGUUGAAAAUGAUGGCAAAGUAUUGAUAAGGGGAGUGACUACCACCGGUGAAAGAACGGUUUAUAGGCACUCCCAGGCGUUUGAGAUGCAGACACAGAACUUUUGUCCACCAGGGCACUUCUCCAUUUCAUUUAAGUUGCCAGGGCCGGUCGAUCCUCAACAAUUCUCAGGUAAUUUUGGUACUGAUGGAAUUCUUGAAGGAAUUGUGAUGAAAGGGAUAUAAAGAUGAGAAUAAUCAAGUAUGCUCAUGUUAUUCGAAAACUUGUGUUUUCAACAGCAUUCGGUCAUUGUAUAUUGUUAGAUGUUAGAAAUGCUGGUUGUAAAUUUUUAGGAUGUUUAAAUUACAGCUCUCUCUCUCUCUCCCCUGCAAUUGUCCGUGCAGCAAGUAUGUUUGGGACACUUGUGGUUGGUUUUCUGUCACUUAUCAAUAUUGAUGUGGAUAUCAGUUAGAUAAGUAGUAAACUCAGAAACUCAAUUCGAGUCUCUUGGAAACCUUGGGAUGAGCUGUAAACUUGACGUCUGGUGUUGACUCU